AGCCCACACGCACCCGAACAACUUUUACCGGACACCAGACUUUUAUUGUGAAGUGCAGCAGGUUGAACAUCCGGGUCGUCACUGCCAUUGCUCGCCUCCCGCUGCAAGGAAGCAAAGAGACGAGAGACAAAACAAGAUGCAGUCUUCUCUGGUGAAAAUCGGCUUGUUCUCGUCUCUGCAGGUGUUGUUGUCGCUGACGUGUUUUCAGGAUGUGGUCCAGGCGGCCAGCGGGAAAGGCUUCGGAGAUAACAUCCACUGGAGGACACUGGACGAUGGGAAAAAAGAAGCCGAGGCCAGCGGCCUGCCGCUCAUGGUCAUCGUCCACAAGACCUGGUGUGGAGCCUGCAAAGCACUGAAGCCCAAAUUUGCCGAGUCCAAGGAAAUCUCUGAGCUGGCCCACAACUUUGUGAUGAUCAACCUGGAGGACGAGGAGGAGCCAAAGGACGAGGCCUUCAGCCCCGACGGUGGAUACAUUCCUCGGAUUCUUUUCCUGGAUCCCAGCGGCAAAGUCCAUCCUGAAAUCACCAACAAGAACGGGAAUCCAAACUACAAGUACUUCUACAGCAGCGCAGAACAAGUUGUUUCCGGCAUGAAGGAGGCGCAGGAGAAGCUGACCGGCGACGCCUUCAAGCUGGGUCACACUGUAGAUGAGCUAUGAGGAGGCGAGAGGCGGGAGCCAGGCUGUAAGGGCUACACUUCUUCUACCUGAGCCCCAGAGCGCACUGCAACACUCUCCCCACCACCACCAACCUUCUCCAUCCCCACUUCAAUAUUUAUAUUCAUACUUUAGACAGCGGGGUCCAUCUCACCGAGCAAACUUUUGUUUUUGUGUUAGGGAACGGGUUUUUUUUGUCCUGGUUUUAAAACAUGCCAACAUACCUUUUUGUACAUGUUUUAUUUGUGAUGGAGCGGUUGUUAUAGAAAAUAAAAUGCCAAUGUACGGUCUGUUGAGGAUAUGAACGACUCACACUAGCCAAGGUAACCAGUAGCUUGUUUUAAUAACUCUCAUCUGUUGCUGGAUGGAAACGGUCACGUCUUCUGUUUCGCAAGCGCGUCGUAGAAGAACACGAAGUUGGAACCGGAAGCGUCUGAAUGUUUUCACCCGACAGCAACGAUACAGUUGUCCACGUAAGCCGAGAUGAAUACUUCAACACCUUCAGUGAUGUGCUUCCAAAGAUACUCCUCGGUGCCGUUCAUUAUAUCUGUGACAGUAUUCACACUGUACUUCUGAUUUUCUCUUAUCCAAAUCUUUAAAAAUAAUAAUUUCAUUUUAAUCCUGCAAAUUUAUCUUUUCUUAAUUAUCCUGUAUCUGCAUAACUUUUUGUGGUUUGAGUUUGUUUUUGCCGUUUGUGAAGUGACACCACCGGUUAAAAACCAGCCUCUUAGAAUGAGGGAUGGAAACAUCGGUUUGAGUAUCUCAAUGUAUUUUAUACAUGUACACAGCACAGUGUGCAAAUAAAAGUUUAUUGUAUUGAG